CAGAAGUUGAUUUUCAGAUCGCGCUUUUUCGGAGUUAGACGCGCCUAAGGCCAAGGCGGCAGAAAAAUGAAUCGGCCAAGCUGGUGCAUGACCAUGAAAAUAAAAGUCUCAGGAUCGUGUAAAGAGUAGUUUCUUCGGGGUAAAGUUGUUGCUACCGCCAGCGUCCCAGUGGCGGAGCAGCGGCAGCCAGAAAAGAAAGCGGCCACAAAUAAAGUUUGCGCAAAACCAUGAGUCUGCACGAAGUUGAUAGUGCAAUUUCUCCCAAGACCUUGAUGAGGAGCGGAACCUUUGUCGAGGCCCUGGGUAUCGUCAUCCUCCUGCACGGCGUGCUCUACGCCUUGAUGCAGCGCCACGUUCCUGAGCCUUACAUGGACGAAUUAUUUCACGUCCCGCAGGCGCAACGAUUCUGCAACGCUACAAGACUCGAAGACGUCCAGUGGGAUCCAAAGAUAACUACGCCGCCGGGAAUAUAUCUCGCUGCAGCUACGGCGUCCUCCGCGUUGGCAGGGGGUAGUAAGCUGUUCGGCCUGGUGGGGGACGUUGAGCUGACGACUGUGUGUAGUGUCGGCUUCCUGCGAGGCAUCAACGCGCUAGCCUUCGGCCCGCUAUGUUUUGUGGUACUCGUCAGCAUCCUCACGACGCUGCAUCAUGGAAGCAGCUACUGUGGCAGCUGGAAAGAUGGAUCAGGAAGAUCCGAGAUCACAACUACGGAAGCAGGUAGUAAAGCCGCCGAAAAAACGACUGCAUCUGCAGGCGAAGUGCUGAUCCCAGCGGUAAUACUACGUGCGCUCCGCGGGCAUUUGCUAUUUGUGUCGUUUUUCUACCACUUUAUCUUCUACACCGAGACGCUGUCCACCCUGCUUUUGUUGCUCAUGCUGAAAUGUCACCUCGAGCGGCACACCAGAGCAGCAGGCGUGUUUGGAUGUGCGAGCCUGUUCGCCCGACAACUGAACAUCGUUUGGGUAUUCGCAGCGGCCCUCGCCGACCUGUUGACAGAGGCCCGGCUGACCAGUAUGGCCGACGUUACUGCGCACGUGCGGUCCUUCGCGGGUAUGCGGUUGCUGAUUGGAAAAUGCAGCAGCAUCGCGAUAAGAAGACUGCCACUCCACAUCGCCGCUGGCGUCGGUUUCCUCACGUUCGUGAAGUGGAACAAUGGGCAACUAGCGCUGGGACACCAGGAGUUCCACCAAAUUAGCCCGCACCUGGCGAUGCUGCUGUAUCUGGGUGUCUUACUCCCAACGCUCGGCUUCUUCUUUCCAAGAAAUGUUGAAGACUACUACCGGACAGGAAGCAUAACGAAGACCUUCGAGUUACUCAAAGAAGACUUCUUAACGGCGGAAACGGCGGCCCUCACACUUAAGAUUUGGGUCUUCUUUUCCCUUUGCAGCACGUUGGUACUCGCACACCCAUUCCUACUUGCCGACAACCGACACCUUUCGUUCUACGCGUGGCGCCGGGUAUUCUCCAAACCACCACUGCGCAUCGUCGCGUGCCCUCUGGCUGCAACUGCAGCCACGUUGUUGUACCUCGGCGGUAGAGCCGGAGACACCGGGGGUAAUGAUGAAAAAGAGAAAAAGACGACAAAGUCAGAGGAUGACGCAAGCGGCAAAAAAGGAGAUCAACAAGCUGCUGUAAAAACAGCUCUUCUUACCGCACGGGAGUUAGCGCUCGGGCCUUACAGAUCACAGCUUUUCGUCUUCGGAUUUUGCACGGUGUUGUCUUUAGCAGCGCUACCUCUCCUGGAAUUUCGAUACUUUUUGGUGCCACUGCUGUGUCUGACGCUUGCGCACCCGAUGCAGUCCGUGCGGACCGAACUUCUCGGGCUAGUGUUGUCGUUCGGCCUGACUUCAGGGGUGUGGGUGUUGUUUUUAGGGAAGACUUUUGCCGACGAACAGAAAUGGGGCCCCGGCCUACAAAGGAUCAUGCUCUGAUGAAAAGAGCGAUCACAUGGCUCCUCUUGCGCAUUGUUGACCUACAGUGGCUAGUACGACGUAACGCACUUAUGACGAAGAAACAUCACGCAAAUGAAUCAACACGCAAUGUUUGGCGUCGAGCGCCGGGCCAUGAUUGCGAGAAUGGUUACAGAGGACAGCGGCUCCGCGG